AUGCCUUUAAUAACCUACACACUAGACAGCGCAAUCGAGAGCUUCUUCUCAGAAGAGGGAACGUCUGCAUCGCGAGCGGAGUGUGACGCAUUCGCAAGACGAAGAUAUGGAGCUGCUGCUUUGCUUGUUGCUGUUCAGGGGUCGAGCAGCUACACAGUGAUUGCGGGGUCAGAAAGCGACAAGAUCAUACAGUUUCGGAAAAGCGGCUCUCCCCUAACGGAGAGUAUGCUAAAGCUUGCCAAAGCUGUCCACGGAGACUUGGUGCCGAGCUGUCUACAUCUUGGUUGGAUUGGCGAUCCGAACGGCUCGCGGCUCUACAUCUAUGAGAUGAACAGGCUUCCCAGAGGGAAUUACAUAACUGCUCGCUCUAGGCUUUCUCUCUUCGCAGAACCUUGGCAAUGGUUCACGACAGGAGGCCACGAAGCAUCCGACAUAAGCACCAUCAAAUCUGAUUGCGAGGCAAGAUUCAAGCACCUCGCCGCAACCCUUCCUGAUCGCUUCUUGCCAGUCAUCACUGAAGUGCAACAAGCCAUACCGUCAUUAUUCAUCGGGUCUUACGCAAUGGUCCUUUUCCAUGGCGACCUAAACGAAACGAACAUUCUGGUUGAUACCCAUACGAUCACUGGCAUUAUUGACUGGGCAGAGGCAAGCAUGCAGCCCUUUGGCUUCGCUCUCUACGCGCUGGAAAACUGUCUUGGCAGCAUGGGCCCUGAUGGAUGGAAGUGGUUCGACGAUGUGGAUGACCUGAGGAACGCCUUCUGGAAGCGCUUCAUCGAAUUGACCGGCUUGUCUGAGACGCAGAGACAGCUCGCUGAACUCGCGGGCAAGGCUGGUAUUAUCUUACGAUAUGGGAUUGCAUAUAAUGCGGGCUUCUUAGGGAUGCUCGGUGUUUAA